ACAGUGACCACCUGGGGCCCAGACUGCCCCUCGCAGGGAAUUAGUAGUGGCUGCCUCUCUGCAGGCGAGUGGAGCCCCUGGAUGGAUCUUGGGACCCGAGCCCCUCAUGUCUGCCCUGCUGACGCUGUGUGUGGUGCUCUGGCUUCUGGGUACCCCUGGCUGUGGCGUCCAGCACUGGGAGCCCUGUACAGACCUCCGUCCCCUGGACAUCCUGGCAGAGGUGGUCCCUUUGAAUGGUGCUACAAGUGGGAUCCGGAUGGUACAGGCCGAGGGUGUGCGGGGCCUCCAGUUCUCAGCCACCGAGCCUCGUACCCUGAGCUUCCCUGCCUCUAGAAUCUUCUCCAGCUGUGACCUCUUCCCUGAAGAAUUCUCCAUUGUUGUCACCUUGAGAGUUCCCAACCUUCCACCCAAGAAGAAUGAAUACCUGUUCUCCCUGCUGGCGGAAGAGAAGGACACACUCCUGCUCGGCCUGAGGUACUCACCCACACAGCUGCACUUCCUAUUUCUCACCGAGGACUUGGCUGGUGCCUGGCAGACCCGUGUGUCCUUCCGGAGCCCCGGCCUCAUGGACAGCCAAUGGCACACGCUGAUCUUGGCUGUGUCCCAAGGAUCCUUUUCCCUCACCAUGGACUGUGGCCUCCCAAUAGACAUAAUGGCUGACGUUCCCUUCCCACCCACCCUAUCAGUAAGAGGAGCCCAGUUCUUCAUUGGCAGCCGGAAGAGAACCAAAGGCCUAUUCACAGGUCUGAUAAGGCAACUGGUUCUGCUGCCAGGCUCAGAUGCCACCCCAAUGCUGUGUCCCAGCAGGAACGCCAGGCUGGCUGAGCUGUCCAUCCCCCAGGUGCUGAAGAGGCUCACAGAGAAGCCUGAUGAUAAUGAGGUGCUGAAAUAUCCCUAUGAAGCCGACAUGAAAGUAACCCUGGGAUCCCGGCCGCCAUGCACCAAGGCACGGGGUGUCCAGUUCUGGUUUGAUGCCGCCCGAAAGGGGCUCUACCUGUGUGCGGACAGCGAGUGGGUCUCCGUGUUGACAGCCAAGACCAAGCUGGACUACGUAGAAGAACAUCAGAGUCUGCACACCAACUCAGAGACCCUGGGCAUCGAGGUGUUCAACAUCCCCGGGGUGGGACUCUUCGCAGCGACGGCCAAUCGGAAGGCUAGAUCAGCCAUCUACAAAUGGACAGAUGGGAAAUUUGUGUCCUAUCAGAACAUCGCCACACACCAGGCACAAUCGUGGCGACAUUUCACCAUUGGGAAAAAGAUCUUCCUGGCCGUGGCUAACUUUGGGCCAAAUGAAAGGGGUCAAGAGUUCUCAGUCAUCUACAAAUGGAGCCCCAGAAAGCUGAAGUUCACCCUUUACCAGAGGAUCGCCACCCACAGUGCCCGUGACUGGGAGGCCUUUAAGGUGGAUGGAGAGCACUUCCUGGUGGUAGCCAACCACCGAGAAGGGGACAACCACAACAUCGACAGCGUGGUCUACAGGUGGAACCCCAGCAGCCAGCUCUUCGAAGCCAACCAGUCUAUUGCCACGUCCGGUGCCUAUGACUGGGAGUUCUUCACUGUGGGGCCCUACUCCUUCCUCGUGGUGGCCAACACCUUCAAUGGCACCUCCACCCAGGUGCACUCCCACCUGUACAUCUGGCUUGUCGGCGCCUUCCAGCUCUUCCAGUCAUUUCUGACCUUCGGCGCUGCGGACUGGGAGGUCUUCCACAUUGGCGAGAGGAUCUUCCUUGCGGUGGCAAACAGUCACAGCUAUGACGUGCAGAUGCAGGCACAGAAUGAUUCCUACGUCCUCAGCUCCGUCAUCUACGAGCUGAAUGUCACAGCUCAGACCUUUGUCAAGUUCCAGGACAUCCCCACCUGCAGUGCCCUGGACUGGGAGUUCUUCUCCGUGGGAGAAGAUCACUUCUUGGUGGUUGCGAACUCCUUUGAUGGAAACACCUUCUCAGUGAACAGUAUUAUUUACAGGUGGCAAGGAUAUGAGGGCUUCGUGGCGGUACACAAGCUCCCCACCUUUGGCUGCCGGGACUGGGAAGCCUUUAACACCACUGCGGGCUCUUACCUCAUCUACUCCAGCGCCAAAGAGCCCCUCUCCAGGGUGCUGAAGCUGAAGACCGGCUGA